UAACAAAAAAUUUUUGAAACCUCCAUCAAAUAAAAUUUAUUAAUAAAAUUCUGGGUCAUUGAUAUUAUUGAUUGCAGUUGAAAUAUCUUGACCUAUUAUAGGUCUGAAGGAAAAAUACAAAGUGAAACUUAGACAUGUCAGUCUUUCAAUUGCAAUUCGAUUGAAUUUUGUUAUAUUUCGUAAUUAUGAUUGAAAAAAUUCAAUUAUUCAUCAGAAAAAUAUUAUAUAACUUUUUGUUGGCCAAUGCUUAUACGUGACCCAAGUGUAUUAUUGCAUUAUGGUAGUCUCUGUUGUGUAGUCUGUAGAAGGAUACGGAAUAAAUAAGAAAGUUGGUUAGCGUCCGUGAAUGUACUAACUGGUUUAUUUUGAUAAGUUUGUUUACAUGUUUUUACUAAAAAGGUGUACAUGAUUGCACAUUUAUCCACAUAAUAAAUUCUAGGUAAUUAUUCAACUAUUUUUACCACUUCUUCACAAUUGACCUGCACAAUAUUGCUUGCGAGAUACCUGUUUUCAAUUUUGUUGAUUUCAAAAUGGUUCCUUCUUGGAGGACACACUGCUCUAUUUUUGUAAAGAACUGAAUAUAACUCACAAAAUCAUAACAUAACAUGACAUAAAUAUUAUAAAUUGACUUUUUCUGUAUCUAUAUGUAGAAUUUUCUAGUUAGCAGUCUCAUAAAAUUGUGUUUUGAAAGUGAAAUCUGUUGACAUCUUGCUGACUCCAUUGUAACUUUGUUGAUCCGACUUUAUGAUAAUUAUUAAAAUACGCUACUUGUCUCUGGUUAUGAAAAUGAAGAUUCCUACAAACAGCUCUGGUAACGGCUAUUACGGCAGCGAAACAAUUCCUCCCUACCUGUCAGAUGGAUCUGAGAAUGGGCAUCAGGAUGACCUCGAUUCUCCAGCACUUGACGGUGACUUCUCAGAGUACAUGUGGAUGGAAAAUGAAGAAGAGUUCGACAAACAGGUAAUGCAACAGCUGGAAGAAGAGGAGCUGAUGGAGCAGUGCAUACAGGCGAUGCUUGAAGAUGAGAGAGACAUCAGAAGCAACAACCAGUACAACAGCAGUCAGCAGAACAACUCGACGCAUGCGCAGAACCAGUCGCAGUCACGACAGCAGGUACCGCGCGUCUCGGCGCGACAGACCUGGAGCAAUGGAAGUCUCAACGGACAGCAAGACAUCUGUAAUGGCAUGGAGAACCUCAGGGUUCAGGAUCAAGAUGAACUAGCGAAGCAGAGCACACUGAACCCGAACGCAGCCGAGUUUGUGCCGCGAGUGAGCGCCAAUGUGGCCGCCCCCUCUCCCUCGCCCGCCGCUGCAGCCGCGGAGAAAGCAGCCUAAACAGCUCCACUGCCCUACAGCCACUUCAGCCCUACAGCCACAUCUACUUAGGUCUCACACCACAUCUGUUCAUAGGCUGUGAAUGGUGCAGCUACACUUCGUUUAGUUGUGACGUGAAUGUGUUGAGUCGUGUAUACAGCAGCUGUUGUUUUAUUUGUGUGCGCGCGCAUGUUAAGAGAGAGAUAAAUAAAGAGAGAGUGAGAUGUAGAGAGAAAGAGAUAGGGCAGGCGAUUGCACCCCCUUAUUCAUAAUGGUUGUCCACUUGGCCCGGCUUGUAUUAGGGCACUACCUCCAUAAACAAAGCCGUAGUGCAUUCGUGUGACGUCAGCACAGGUAGAGCUCAUACACCAAUACAAAUUCGUUGAUUUCAGCUGAUCUAUAUCAGCUAGUGUUUUUAUUGGUGUAGGAGCCCUACCUGUGCUGACGUCACACGAAUGCACUACGGCUUUGUUUACGGAGUUAGUGAUUAGGGUACCCAUCAACAAAAGGACAAGUGUGUUGAACCACUGUCUCUGUAAACAAAGCCGUAGUACAUUCUGGUGACGUCAGCACAGGUAGGGCUUCUACACCAAUCAAAAAUUGUUGAUUUCAGCCGAUCUAUAUCAGCUAGUGUUUUUAUUGGUGUAACAGCCCUACCUGUGCUGACGUCACCAGAAUUUACUACGGCUUUGUUUACGGAGGUAGUGGUUGAACUUGUGUGUACAUGCAUGCUCGUCAUGCAUUUUGUUGUUCUAUCAGCGAGAUGCUUCGAACAAAAAACAGCUGACAGCAGCUUCUAACAUAGAAUAAACAAUAAAUAAACGUCACUGGAAAAUUGCAAAUUAUAAUGUUACAAAAAUGAUUCAACCUCAAAUAGAGCAACGAAUAAAAAUAGAACCUAAUCUUGAAAACAUUUUUUCGAAGCCUUUCGUUGAUGACGAAACAUGCACGACGAGCAUGUUUGUACACACAUGUUCAACACACUUGUCCUGUCGUUAGUAGCAACCCUUAUUCAUUGUUGUUCAACUAUGUCCCCACCCGUAUUCCACUAUCAAAUAUUUUUGAAAUUAAUUGUUGAAUGUUGAUGUCUAAUUCAUGCAUUUUGAAUCACCUUUCCAUGAUCGAGCACUCUGAUUUCAUUGUUAAUUUCACAUUAUUUAUGUCCGGUUUCACCGGGCUCGGUCAAGACAUUUGAACAUGGUCAAGCCGGGUAUAAGUGUACACUGGACUUAUGUUCAACUUAAGUGUACACUGGAUUUAUGUUCCACUCAAGUGUACACUGGACUUAUGGAACAUAUGUUGCAGUGCACUCGUUGUAAACCGUACCUGAUUCCACCAUGUUCAAAUGUGUUAACCUGUGUUAGCUUGGUGAAACCGCACAUUAGUAUUUUACUAAUACACUACAGUUUCAUGUUUAAAUCAACAUAUCAUCUUCUGCUGUAUCAGAACACACGCUGAAAACAUUACAGUUGAAGAUGUGUUGGUUUUAACAUGAAACUAUUAAGGUCCCUGUAGAGGUGCGUACAGACUUUAGCGCCACAAACACGUGCAUUUCGCUUUCCAUCAGCUGAUGCUAUUCUUAUUAUAUCUGUAUUUGUACAAAGACAGUAAGAUGCAGAUAUAAUCAGUUGAUGAAAAGCUAAAUGCGCGCGUUCGUGGUGCUCAAGUCUGUACGCAUCUGGAUAAAAUACUAGAGUGGAGUUGACUGUAAUAUCAGUGUAUUUUAAUGUAAUAUCUUUGAUCAUUAUGCAUCUUAGAUUGGUCAUUAUUAAUGAAAUAGGCCUACUUGUUUCAUCUAAGAUCUUAUUAAAUUUGAUAGGUUGUAAUGUUGGCAUUGAAAAGUUGUUCAAAGAUCUUCUUUCAUCACAUUGAGUAGGUUCUAAGAUAGGCAUUAUCUUGUCAAAAUUUGGUCAAACUGUUCUUAUAAGAUAUUAUUAUUGAUAGUCCAAUCCCCUCCCAUUUGAUCACCCUUAUCAUCACAGUAAUAAUUCAUUGUUAGAUCUGAAAAGUUGUUCACAGGUUGUUUACAAAAUUGUAGCAACAGUUGUUGGUGCUUUUGAGAAGCAGGUUGUUGUUUUUAAUCUUCUGUUGUUGCAAUUUCUAGUCAAUAUUUUAUAUCUGAAAGAUCGUCUAUUUAUCUAUCGUUUUACUUGUACAGUUUUUUUAUGUCUCGGUGACAUGUAAAAUUACUCCCCCAAUGAAUGAUAUUUUAAUAGCUUUAAAUCUGUGUUCCUGUUAUUUUUAAGGAUUCUAUAUCAAACUAUUUUUCAUUUCAAUAUCAGUGCUAUACCAUCGUACAUCACAAUAAUUUGUUAUAACCCUCAAUUAAAAUUAAAGUAUUCAUGAAUUAGCAUUCAAAAUUAGCAUGAUAUUACUGAUAAAUUAUCUGCAUUAAUCACUCACAAUUAACAUUAAUUAUUGAUAAAUCAUCUGCUCUAAUCAAUCACAAUUGGCAUGAUAUAUUAUAGAUUAUUCUUGUUAAGAAUAUGUUUCCGUAUUGAAUUGAUAUCCUAUUGAUUUCAAGGAAGUAGUCAAACUACAUCAAUCAAUCUCUGUCAUAAAAUUUGAAUUUGAAAUCUUGAAGCUCGUGCUUAAUCGAUUCUUUGUUUUUGCUUUCAAAAAAUAGCAAUUCUCUGGCAUUGCAUAAAAAAUAGUAAAUCUUAAAAAUAGAAUGAUAAAAUGCUUGAAAGUUAUCAAUAAAUUGAAAAAGUUUGAAUCUCAAAUCAACAUUACAAUCAAUAAUAGGCCUACUAAAAUCAGUCUACAAAAAUACUCAAAUUAUUCACUAAUCAUAUUCUAGCCUUACCAAGUUCAGUAGUCUCCAAAAGUCGAAAAAGAAUUAAUUUCAUAAAUAAAUAUUGAUUUUGGUUUAUUUGAAAAUCAAAUUAACAAUCUGUGCUAUUUUUGUUAUUAACCUAAAUCCUGAUGAAAUAAUAUUCAACCUAUGAUCUCAAUAAUCAUCACCCAAAUUGAGAAAAUAUUUAUCAAUGUUUGUAAAUUGUUGAUUUUUGAAGAUUGUUUGUCCUCUGUAUGUCCUGUAUCAUAACUAGAAUACUUGAAAUUAUCCAAUAAUUUUAUUUUCAGAUAUUUUAUAUUGGUGAUUCCAUAAAUUAUAUUAUACAUAAAAUUAUCCAAUAAUUUUAUUUUCAGAUAUUCUAUAUUGGUGAUUCAAUAAAUUACCAUUUCAAUGUGAUUUUUUUCUAUCUAGCAUUAUUUGCUUGAAUAAAUAGAUCUGAAACUAAACAUUUUAAUGAAAUAUUUUAGUUAUUUAGGUUGUCAUAUAACACUAAUUUACAUAAAUAUUAUUUUUACAAUCGCCUGUCUGUUUUGUAUGAAUGUAUGAGAGUGAGAGAGAGAGAAUGUGUAUCAUAGAUAUUUCAUUGCUAUCAUUUCAUCAUUGUGUAUUAUAUUUUUAAUUUCCAUUUUCAAAGUUCUCAUCUAAUCCUUAUCCAAUUUUAAGCGCAUUUUAAAAUAUUGUUCUGGAAAGUAUAAUUGAAUUUUUCGAAAGCUUUAAUUAUUCAAGUUGCGUAAAUGAUGAAGUUUUUAUUGAUUGUUUGUUAACAGUGGGUGCCGAAUUGUUGUUUCAAGAAUGAAAAACGUUUUAACUGUUAUUUUUGAAAGUGUGUACUUAAAAUCCAUGCAGCGAUAUAAUCUAUACCGUCCAUGUUUGGAGAUAGCUGGUGUUUUAAUGGUCAUAAAUAUCUUUCAGUAGAGUUCAGCUCGAAAAAACAGUCAUUUGUAUGUUUUAAAGACAUUUUACUCAACUUCAUCAAUACAUCAACACAUUUUUUAUAAACUGUAUUAUUAUUUGAAGAUAAACACGUCAUUUUAAUCGUAUCAAAAUUUCGUUUUAGAGUUUUAUUUCAUCUUUAAUAUUUUAUUGGAACUUUAUUUCAAUUUUUAUUGGAAUCUAUCAAUACAAAUAGCAUUUAACUUUGCAUCAAAACUGUAACCAUUGAUUGAAGAUGAACAUUUUCAAACGCCAAACCUUCAAAUCUCAAAAGUAAUAUCAAUUCCACCGUUAAUUUGGUUUCAAAAUUUUAUUUUAUCAUUAAUAUUUGAUUCCCGUCAAGACCUCAUAAAUAGCGAUAACUGGAGCAACUCUCACGCUGGUGCAUUAACCGAGAUCAAAUUUAAGGCUAUGCAAAGGCUAAAAAUAAACUUUCUACUGGUGAUAUUUUUUGAAGUUCUUCGAUCUGUAUAAUAUCAAGCUACCAAAAUGAAAACGUUUUCCCUGGAAAACAUUUUUUUUCCGAUCAUUAAUAUCUGAGAUACGUGCGCCUAAAGUUUAAAUUUUUGGAACAGAACAUUUCAAAUUCGGUAAGAGAUUUAAAGGAUGGAUUCUUCAUGGUAUUGUUGAUCUAGUAUGACAAAACUUUCCUGAAAAUUACACUUUUUAAGAAAGUUAUUCAAUUUACCAAAAAUAACACAACUGAUAGAUUUUUAGUAAAUUGAAUAACUUUCUCAAAAAUUUAUAUUUUCGGGAAAGUUUUGUCUUACUACAUCAACAAUACUAUGAAGAAUCUAUCCUCUAAAUCUCAUGGAUUUAUCUCUUAACAAACUUGAAAUGUUCUGUCCCAAAAAUUAAAAAUUUAGACGCUCAUAUCUCAAAAAGUAAUGAUCGGAAAAAAAUGUUUUCCUGAGAAAACGUUUUUAUUUUGAUAGCUUGAUAGCAUACAAAUCGAAAUAAUUUGAAAAAUAUCACCAGUAGAAAGUUUAUUUUCAGCCUUUGCACUGCCUUAAUCCUAUGUCAGUAUACCCGGCUAAUCAAUGAUCAAAACUCAUUACGGCUAAUGUAAACCUGCUGAUGUAAACCUUUAUUUAAAUAAAAUUCAAGUUUUUAUUCCAAACUCACAUUAUACUUUACUAGUAUUAUGUUGAUCAUCUUUUUGUUCUUACAGCUCACUUAAUUGUAUUAUACUUAGUAGACCUUAGCCCAGUUUCUGGGGCAUUCAUUAUAUCUAAUGGACCAUUAAACCUAUAGAUUUAAUUAGUGUCCCAGAAACCGGACCCUUGAUAAGUAGUAUUUCAUGCACACAUGUCAUUCAUUAAAAAUAACAAAUUAAUAGAACAUAUUAUAAUAAAUAUCUGGAGCAAGUAGACCCUUUAAAAAUGAUAUAUCAUCUUACAUCACAACUCAUGCAAUAAUAUUGUACAUUUGAAUAUUCUCGAUCUCUUGAAUAAACUUAGAGUAUUACCAAAUUAUCAUUGCAAGUUUCUAGUGAAAAAUGUGUAUCAAAUUUAACUUAUAAAAUCAACAUAACAUAAUUUAUGUCAUAGAAAAAUAUGUAAUUAUAUUCUUUCAUCACAGCUCAUGUGUGACGGUAAAAUGGUUGUCUGUGAUUUUUGUGACACUACGGCGAUGUGCAAAUUAUUGAAAAGUACAAACAGCUAUAAAAAUGUGAGA